AUGGGUAUCGCCCCUAGUUCCCCGUAUACAGCUGUUGUGCCAGUGCCCGGCCUACAAAACGCGCACAUACCUCGUGACUGGGAACCAGCGACAAAUCGAUAUAGUGCAUGCUGGGCAGCACGAGUUUGUACGGUCUCUUGUGCACGGGACGUUGAGUGCCAUUUCGUGACGUGGACGAGCCGACAAGUGUACCCGACGAGCCGACGAGUGCACCCGACGAGCCGACGAGUGUACCCGACGAGCCGACGCGUGAAGCCGACAAGUUCCCUCGAAGACGACGAGGACGAUUGGUGCCGUCCAGACGUGGAUUCCAGUCGAUGCCCAUACGUUGCGCAGAAAGAGAGGUCGGACGAAAGCUGGCCGGCAUGCAGACCUGACUUUGAGGUGUUAGGUCAAGGUGCUUACGCGAGGGGCACUAUUACUUCAUCGGUAGCUCCGGUACGAUUCCUUCGCUGUGUGGCGUCGUCCCAAAAGGAGAAAAGUGGGAGGAGUGUUGUGCCAGUGCCCGGCCUACAAAACGCGCACAUACCUCGUGACUGGGAACCAGCGACAAAUCGAUAUAGUGCAUGCUGGGCAGCACGAGUUUGUACGGUCUCUUGUGCACGGGACGUUGAGUACGUGUUUGCCUGGAAGUGUAUUCCCAGAAGUACAUGUAUAGUGCCAUUUCGUGACGUGGACGAGCCGACAAGUGUACCCGACGAGCCGACGAGCCGACGAGUGUACCCGACGAGCCGACGCGUGAAGCCGACAAGUUCCCUCGAAGACGACGAGGACGAUUGGUGCCGUCCAGACGUGGAUUCCAGUCGAUGCCCAUGUGUGUUGUUCCAUGAGAGAAAUGAGCCAGUUAGGGUGGAAGGCUAUGCUGAGCAAAUUGUUCCACUCUAUACAGACAUAGAUUUCAGGUCACAUUUCCGACUACAAAGGUCAACCUAUCAGGAACUCUGUGAAGCUGUGGCACCUUUUAUGGUACGUGAGCGAUCAAUGUCUGUGGACAAAAGAAUAUUGGCAACUUUGUGGAUGCUUGGGAACCAAGAAUCGUACAGGAGCGUGGCUGACCGAUUUGGGAUAAGUAAAGGAACUUUACAUCUUACAGUCAUUGCAACAUGUAGAGUAUUGUCUGCGAUGAUGGAGCAGCACAUCAAAUUUCCGGAAUCUCGGCAUGAGCUUAAGACAAUUGCCGAUGGAUUUCAGCAACAAUGUGGAAUGCCUGGUGUUGUAGGGGCUGUUGACGGGACUCACAUUGCAUGUCCUGCUCCAAUAUCGGAGCAUAGGUCCUCAUUUUUCAACAGGAAAGGGUUCGCCAGUUUAGUUCUCCAAGUAGUAUGCGACAGCAAUUUGAAAUUUUUGGACAUAUACACAGGAUGGCCAGGUUCUGUUCACGAAGCCCGUGUAUAUAGGAACAGUCCAGUGGCACAAACAAUUGAAAAUCUCCCAGAUGAGUUCCAUGUGCUCGGGGAUUCAGCGUACCCCCUGACAAGACAUCUCCUUGUUCCAUAUAGAGAUAAUGGACAUUUGGAUCAAUUACAAAAAAAAUUUAACAAGUGCCAUUCGUCGACAAGAGUUGAUGUGGAACGUGCCAUUGGUCUAUUGAAAUGUAAAUUCCGGCGGCUGAAAUACUUGGACAUGCUCAUGGAGCUGGAGAUACCCGUCGUGAUCUCUGCUUGUUGUGUCCUUCACAACUUCAUUCUGCAGAGAGUCAGACACAGAACCUGAAGUGGACACAUUUGAUGAUAUAGGCAUGGAUGCCUCUGAGGCAGUGGGAGACGGGUCAGGCCCGCCCAGAAGCAGAGGAGAAGAGACGUGCCAUUGCCCUGGAAUUGUGAUGAGAUAUCCCUACUUCGAUAUGUGUGCAUAUGUUCAUGCUUAAUGUGUUAUUAACAAUUGGAAGCCAAUACCUGUUUUGUAGGAUGAUGUUUUUUUGUGGUGGACUAAUGAGUUUGUGAAGGUAAAACGCCUGGAAAAUAUUAUUUAAAUUCAAAGAGUAUUGCUAUUAUUAAGCAUGCUUUAUUGUUUUGUAUUGUUGGAAAGAUUAUGAGCAGAAUAAAAGGUCAAUAAUUUGA